AUGGCAAGCUUGCAACCGCGACCCAAGCGAGCGGGCGAAGAUUAUAUCCGCACCCACCAAGAGGACGACUCUGAAGAACCUUCCAAGAAACCUCGAUUCGACCUUCGGAACCCCUCCGCCCUUGCGCCCGAUGCUCUCGAAGAAGAUGCCGUUCUAGAUGCAGAUGAGAUAGGUCGCCGCGGCCAGCAAGUGCGCCGCAAAGCAAUCAACCUCGACGGUUACGACUCGGACAGCGAGAACGAGGGGUUCUCCGCGCGCAUAGAGGAAAAGGCCAAGCGCGAGCGCGAGAAGAAAGACGAUGACGAUGAGGAUAUGUUUGCCGAGCUACAAGAAGAUUUUGGCGAAGAAGGAGGCGAUGACGACGAGAUGAUCCGCAAGAACAAAAAAAAUGUUCGGUUCCUACGAGACGAUGAGAUUGAGGGCCAGAUCGCUUCCUCGAAGGGUGGAAAGACAUUAAAUGUGGAUCUGAGCAAUGCCGACGGGACGAAUGACGCUGAGGAGGAAGCAAGUGACAGUGAUGUUGGAGAGGAGGAACGCGCCAAGGUCGAUGAGGAAAUUGAUGAGGAACUUGGUGCUGGUGCGAAGAAGAAGCACGCACCUCUGCUUGAUGCUUUCAACAUGAGCGCAGAGCAGGAGGAGGGUCGGUUUGAUGACCAAGGCAACUUUGUGCGCAAAGCAGUCGACCCCGAUGCUGUACACGACUCCUGGUUGGAGGGUGUGUCCAAGAAGGAUAUUAAAAAAGCUAAAGACGCCGCUGAAAAGCGCGAGGCCGAACGGAAAGAGAAAGAUCGCAGGGACGAUAGUUUCUUGACAGCCGAUGUCCUGAAAACCAUCAUCACGCAUCUCGAGCGCGGCGAAACUAUAUUGGAAGCUCUGGCUCGACUGGGGAAGGGUCUACAACGGAAACCUAAAUGGCAAAACAAGAAGAAGAACAAGAAGAAAGUCGGCAAUGAAGAUGCUGAGAUGACCGAUGAGAACCCCGAUGAGGUCAAGAGGAGGAAGGCGAUCGACUCAAUCACUGGCGCCGCCGAUAUCCUCAUGGCCGAGCGGGAGCUUUUGACAAGGCAGUAUCGCAAUGAGACGGGUGAGAACUGGGUUGACCCGCCUUCAGCCGCGCCCGGGAAAGCCGAGCAAGGGCCGAUAAUGUGGGAGUAUCGCUGGUCCGAUGCUCGAGACGGAGGAGAUGCCCAUGGGCCCUAUGAUGGUAGCAUGAUGGAUUCAUGGAAAUCUGCGGGCUACUUUGGUGAGGACGUAGAGUUCCGCCGUGUUGGAGAUACAGGAGCGUGGAGCAGCAACGCGAAUUUCGUGUAA